UAGAGGGGCGAAUUUGAUGCAGCAAACAAGACACUGGUUGAGAAAAGACUACUGUAGCUUUUACUGUACCUAUUUGUUAUGGGAAAGAGGCAUCGUGUGUUAGUUAGAACAAUCCCCAGAUCGUCGGAGAUCAUUUUCCAGUGCAUGGAAACAAACAGCGUUUACCCUUCUGCUGUUGUUGCUACGCGCUCCUUUCCUCCCCUUCAGCGGUCUGAUUAGAGACCCGCCUGCCUGUCUGACUGCCCCGCGGCAGGAUGAACUUCUGCCCGCCAGUCAGCCGAGACCGAGUCAUCUGCGACUUCCCAAAGUGUUAUAAUCCAAACGCAUGCCUCCAAACCAAAGAUGACUGGAACACUCAGGCAAAGAGUGUGUGCCGGGAGAGAGCAGAAAGACAGCAGGCUUGGGACCGGCUUAAGAUGUCCAAGGCUGUGGUGGUGGGAGAUCUGAACGUGGGGAAGACAUGUCUUAUUAACAGGUUUUGUAAGGAUGCGUUUGACAGAGACUAUAAGGCCACUAUCGGUGUGGACUUUGAGAUCGAGAGAUUUGAGCUGUCCGGAGUGCCCUUCUCCUUACAGAUCUGGGACACGGCAGGUCAGGAGAAGUUUAAGUGCAUCGCUUCGGCAUACUACAGAGGUGCUCAUGUAAUCAUCACAGUGUUUGACAUGUCUGACAUCAGGACGUUGGAGCACACUCGCCAGUGGCUGGUGGAGGCGUUGAGGGAGAAUGAGCCCAGUGCCUGUUCCGUAUUCCUGGUGGGCACCAAAAGUGAUCUACUGGCCCCAGAGAUGAGGCGUGGUCUGGAGAGGGAUGCCAUCAAGUUGGCCUCCGAACUACAGGCUGAGUUCUGGACGGUCUCCUCAAAGACAGGAGAGAAUGUGAGGGAGUUCUUCUUCCGUGUAGCUGCCAUUGCGUUUGAGGACGCCAUCUUGAAGGACUUUGAGGGAGCCGUCACACGGAGCGUGGGCCAAGGAGACAUCCUCAUGACGAACCUGGAGGAACGCACUGACAAGGAGACCAAGAAGAACUGCUGCUGAAACCACCAGACAAGCCUUGGACGGAGCAAAGAGGACAGCACCGCGGAGGAGAGGAGAGGAGAGGAGAAAAGAUUAGAAGAGAAGAAGACACCACGGUAGAGGAAAGGAGAAAAGAGUGGAGAAGAGGUGUGGGAGUGAAGGCAGGAGGAGGGGAGAGGAGGCAAGAGGAGAGAAGGAGAAGAGGAGUGGAAGCAGAAGCAGGAGGAAAAACAGGAGAGGAGAAGAGACAAUUGGAGGAGCCCUUGACCACAGGAGGAGUGGAGUACAAGGGACUGAUUAGAAAUGGAGGAUUCUUUUCUGCCAUGUGUUUCAGCAGUGUUGUGCAGAAGGCCUCUGCUGAACUGCCACACUAGCUGCCAUUCCCCUGUGAGAGCAGCUAGCCUGUUAGUGGAGUUGCAUGUAUUGGCAAUUAUAGUCAUGUUGAUUUCAAAUUGAUGCAAAAUGUUUGUUUACUCUUGGAAGCUGUUUGUGAGGGUCUGUAGAAAAAAAUGCCCCCCAAAGAAUAUACGUAAUUCCAAUAUUCUCCAUUUUCCAAUCUGGGGUGAAUUUCUCAAAACCAUAGUUGCUAACUACGUUAGCUACUUGGUUGUUUGCAAUGCAAUUUCUCAUCGGUAAAUAACUACCCAGGUUGCUAACUGGCUAACAACUACACUUUCCAGAAAUGCACCCCUGAUCUCUUGGCCCUCGGACUAAAAUUGAUCUCAAGAUUCCUAUCUUCAAUUCAAAAGAGAAGACCAUACUUCUGCAUCAAUUUGAAAUGACCGAGGGCCUAGAGACCCCACCCCACUAUGUGUUUGUGGAAUCCAUUAUAUUACAUUACAUUACAUUUAGGGAUGGCGAAAAUUGAAAGAACUCUUAACCAGCUACUGAGACUCAUUAACCGGUGGUUAACCGGUUAACCGGUAAUCUUAAAUUAUACAACAUUCGGGUGCCUGAUAUGCACAGCACUGAUUUUUUUACAUUUUAUUUUUCACAUGAGCCUUUCUUCAGGACCUGCGAUGUCCAGCCACUGUUGCCAGAUGGAAAAUGCUGAAUUAUUGUACUAAAACCUCAAAAUUAUCGUUUUUUUUGUGGGCUUUUGGGAGGAAAUUAUUAUUAUAAUUAUUAUUAUUACAACCGGUUAACCGGUGGCAGAAAAUUUUAACCGGUUAAAGUUGAUCCGGGGACUAUCGGUUAAACGGUCACCGGUUAACAUCCCUAACUAGACUGCCUGUGCAGUCGCCUUCGACUGCUUAGGUAUAUCCCCGAAACGCGACGCUUCCAGUCCCCCAUCAUUCCUACCACUCCCGUCCACCAUUUCGUAAACGUAUAUGAUACAUACAGACGUGACAUGACGUGCAUAGGCUUAAAACCAAACGACUAUUGUGAAAAUGAAGCAAAAAAUGGGGCAAAUGGUAAUACUGUUUUAAUGGUUCAGUGGAUAUACCACAUUAGGUACAGUGUAAUAACCAGUGUAACAAUAUUUAAUACAAUGUAAU